AUGUCGCAGCGGGUGAGGCGCAAUGGGUCCCCCACGCCCGCGGCCGCCCUGGCCAGCGGCGCGAUCGGCCCGGCCGGGGCCGCGGGGAGCCGCCUGCAGCCCAUGCGGGCCACGGUGCCGUUCCAGCUGAAGCCGCAGCCGCAGCCGCCGCAGCCGCCGGGCAGCCCCACGCGCGGCGCCCCCCGCACGGCCUCGCGCUGCACCAGCCCGACGCGCGCCGGCGGUGGAGGCGGCGGCGGCGCGGCCAGGACCAGCCCCACGGUGGCCACGCAGACGGGCGCGUCCGCCACGGCCACGCGAGGCACCAGCCCCACGCGCGGCGCCGCGCCCGGACCUCGCGGGAGCCCCCCCCGGCCGCCGCCGCCCCCGCCGCUGCUCGGGCCCCCCGCCGCGUCGCCCAGCGCGUCGCCCACCCACCUGUGGCCCGCCGAGGGCAGCGCCGCGCCGCCGCCGCCGCCCCCGAGCCGCGUCCGGCCCCGCCGCGCCUCCCCCGAGAAGAGGAGCCCCAGCGCGCCCGUGUGCAAAGCAGGUGACAAAACCCGUCCACCUUCUUCGAGUCCAUCGAGUAUCAUUCGCCGCACCUCCUCCCUGGAUACCCUCGCUGCCCCCUACCUUGCAGGGCACUGGCCGCGUGACAGCCACGGCCAGGUUGCACCUUGCAUGCGGGACAAAGCUACGCAGACGGAGGCCGCUUGGGCUGAAGAAUAUUAUGAAAAGAAGAAAGGGUCCCACAAACGUUCAGCAUCUUGGGGCAGUACAGAUCAGCUGAAGGAGAUCGCAAAACUUCGACAGCAAUUGCAGAGAAGUAAACACAGCAGCCGGCAUCACCGGGAUAAAGAACGACAGUCACCUUUCCAUGGCAACCAUGCAGCCAUCAAAGAGGGUCAGGCUACUGUUCCAAAGUGUACACUUAUUCCAGUACUUCCCAUCACCAAAUCAACUGGCUCCCGGUUCCGGAACAGUGUGGAAGGAUUGAAUCAGGAGAUUGAGAUAAUCAUUAAAGAGACUGGGGAAAAGGAAGAGCAACUUAUACCACAGGAUAUUCCCGACGGGCACCGCGCGCCGCCUCCGCUGGUCCAAAGGAGCAGCAGCACCCGCAGCGUGGACACACAGACCCCGGGUGGUGCCGAGCGGGGCAGCAACAACAGCAGCCGCUCCCAGUCGGUGUCGCCCACAUCCUUCCUCACCAUCUCCAACGAGGGCAGUGAGGAGAGUCCCUGCUCAGUCGACGACCUGCUUGGGGACCCCAGGGAUAAAGAAAAUGAAAACAAUUCUCCUCUUCCCAAAUAUGCGACCUCACCGAAACCUAAUAAUAGUUACAUGUUCAAAAGGGAACCUCCAGAGGGCUGUGAAAGAGUCAAAGUCUUUGAGGAAUGCUCGCCCAAACAACUUCAUGAAAUCCCAGCCUUUUACUGCCCUGACAAAAACAAAGUGAAUUUCAUUCCGAAGAGCGGCUCUGCCUUCUGCCUCGUCAGCAUCCUCAAGCCCCUCCUGCCCACACCAGAUCUGACCCUCAAGGGCUCUGGCCACAGUCUGACAGUCACCACCGGCAUGGCCACCACCCUGCUCCAGCCCAUCGCUGUGGCCUCCUUGUCUACAAACACGGAGCAAGACCGCAUCUCCCGAGGAACAAGUACGGUCCUGCCAUCAGCCUCGCUGCUGCCAACCCCCGAACCCAUCGAGGAAGCCGAAGGGUAGGUCCUUACACUGUGUAUCCACAGUGGGGAAACUGAGGACCUGCUCAGAUCUCUUGACUCCCAUGGCAUCGUGCGCUCCCACUCAGCUGUGCUCUGGUCCAGCUGGCCACAAUGUGGCUUCUGGAAGGAAGAAUGCCCCGAAGGUCCUGCUCCCCCUUCCCAAGACAGCCAGUCCUCAGUGCUUAGCCUGCUUGUUCUUAAAGCACUGAUGGAAACCGGGACCAUCUCUUGACCUUUGAAGAGCUGAAAUCCCCCAUUGUUGGCUUUUGCUCUGUUUCCUUGUCCAACGAGACUUCUGGACUGGAGAGAAAAACAAAGGGACACCCCACUCACCCCAUCCCCACCCACCCCAAAAACCUGGUUCCUGAAGGGAGAGGUGGAUGAUGCUGCAGGAACCAUCUUUUAUAUGAAAAUGACUUUUUUAUAAUGCCAAUGUUACAUUUUCUGGACCGUAGCAAACAGGAUGUUCAAAAGCUGCUUUGGUGGCCUCUGUUUCUCGUUUCCCUUUCUAGCUAUGUGCUUUUUGAGCUGUUCUCAGCUUUGGGACCAAAGGGAUCGUUGACCUUUUCCCACAGUCUUAAACUUAACGACUAUGUUCUUCUCCCAAACAAGAAUUGAUAGGUAAAUGCAUUGAACAUGUCUAUAUAUAUUAAAAAAGAGAGAGAGAAAAAGCAAUAUUAGUACAUUAUGUGAUUUAUGUUUUAUGAUGUCCAAGGUUUGUGCAUUGGGUGAAAUUGUAAAAACUGCCGUUUCUCCUGUACACAUUUCGCCAUGUGGUCAGAAAAAUUGUAGUCUGAAGACAAGUGCUUUAAUCUGUUCUCACUCGUCAUUGGAACUUGGUGAAUGACUCAAAAGGAAACUGCCCAGUGUUGGUUGCUGACCAAGAGUAAGGAGCCCCUUUGGUUUUCUGUGAAAUAUUGAUCACACGAUCUCCCUUCUGUACUACAGGUGUCAAUUCUACCUUUGAUUAUCCCUGUAUCAUAGUCCCAAGAGAUCCUAAAAUGGCUAUGCAUGGAUUUCCUCCUUUGCUUUUGUGAUGUUGUUGUCUUGUGGAUUUGGUCAGGGUUAGUAGUUUGCCAGGAGUGUAAUCCAUUGAAUAGCAACCCGUAGACACACAAUCUUGCAACUGACAUUUUCUUUAUGGUGGUUGGCACUGAGAUAACGUUGCCUAAAACUUUUUGCUAGUUUUUCUUCCAACAUCCUACAUGGUGGGGAAAGCAGACACUUGAGAGAUAAGUCGAGUUUUGGAUUUGCGCUCCUCCUUGGUACAGUAGCACUGGCCAGUAUCACGUGACCACACUGUUUCAUGUUACUGUACAUGGUGGUCAUUAAGGAGAAGGAGCAGCUCUCUUUAAAAAUGAGUAUUAGCAAAUGGUACGGAUUUUAAAAAGCAUCCUUCUAAGACCUUCAUCUAUUACCUUAUGAUGAAAUAACUUCAGUCCCUAUACACAUUAUAGGGUGAAAUAAAAUAUGUAUACAAGGGAUACAGUUUAGAACUGUAUCAGUUUGUCCAGAUAUAGCCCAUCAGAGUACCUACUGGUAGCAAUAAAUCUUCUGAAAGAAUUUCUUAUACUCAUAUACCUUUAAGACAUUUAAAGCAUUGAAAAUAUCCCCCAAGUUUAAAAUGAAGUUGUCUUUAAGAUGGAAAUUGAGGAAAAUUCGGUAAGUCCAGACAUUUUAA